AUGUCAGAGACCGCGUCUAACGAGUCAAUCGAGAUCCCUGUCUAUGACUUAGACCUGUUCAAAGACCCUCGGGUACAGUGGUUUAAAGACCGCAUCCUCAGUUACAUCGGCUUGAAGGAUGAGGAGCUCUUCUAUAAUAUGUUUGAAGGUGAUACAAGACAACAAAUGAUUACAUUUGUAACGGUUCCGGUUCUUCCGAACGAACUAUCUUUAGAUAAGAAGACAUUUUUCGUGAGCAAAAUCAUCGUGGAUAAACUUAUUCACGAGGACAAGGAAUUUACUGAAUGGAGAAUUAUCCCUCCACCACCGCCUCCACCACCACCUCCACCGAAAAAGAAAAAGGGGAAGAAAGGCAAGGAACCCGAAGCAGAACCUGAAAUCGAACCGGAUGCAGCAAAAAGUGCAAAAUCAAUGAAAAGUAUGAAAAGCAUGAAGAGCAUGAAGAGCAUGAAAAGUAUAAAGAGUAUGAAAAGCGUAAGACUAGAAGAACCCGAGGAAGAAACGGAUGCUGGUGACAUAGAAACUGUGGCAGCCGUUACUGUAGUCUCUGAGAGCGAAAUGGAGUCGAAGCCCUCAGUCUACUUUCAAGUAGAAGAGGAGGAGCCACCAGUCAUCGCGGAGGACUUUUAUUCCUUUCCACCACCUCCACAAGAUCUUGAUCCAGAGGUGGAUGGGACAGUUGAAUAUUAUACUGUUAUUAGAUCGGUACCGAAAAUAAUACAAUAUCCAAAACUGGUGCCAUUAUUCGGUUCAUUUACUCCGCAAGUAUCAAACCGCAAUCGCCGCUACAUUUACUUUGUGAGGCAAACCCAGGAGGAGAUUCCUUUGCACGAGACCCCCAGAAUCACAAAGUUGAAGAUGCCGGAGUAUGUACUGGUUGGCUGCACCAGUGGAAGGGUUUUGAUGAGCUUAGGGUUACAGCUCAAGACUUUCAUCCCAUUGUUCGAAAAGCAGUUUCGCGAGAUCAGCACGAUGGCACAGCAAUCGUCUCAGGGAGUGCUCUCGCGACAGAUAUCGUUCGCGGGAGAACAUCACAAAAUGGAUGAAACUGCUUCUGAUGUGAAUUAUUUACGACCUUCAGAUUACAGACGGAUGUCAAAUAUCGCCCGUGGAGAAAAUGCUGAGAGACGAAUGAAAAACAUGCGAUCGGAAUCAGUACUACCUGCUAAAAUGUAUAAGGUAACACGACCGACGUCUUCCGUUACAGCGAAGCAAUCAUCGUCUAUAGAUAUUCCAUUAGCAAAGAGUAAAACUGCACAAAAAGCAGAUAAGCAGAAGACAACGGCCCAAGAAGUAAUUUCAGAUAUCAACGAACUUGUGGCGAUAGUUGAUUGGACUAUAGAGCAUAUCGAAGGAGAGAUACAGUUGCCCAUGCCCAAUAUAGCAGCGCUGAGUGAGCCGCAUGCGCAUAUUGACAUCAACGACCCUGACUUUGUUGCUCAACUGGAAGAGGCUGUUGUCAUGUGGCAAAACCAUAUCGAUUCCACUAUUGCUGCCUGUUUAGGAAAAACGCGUGAAGGGGAAGGACCCGUCGCCGAAUACAAGUACUGGCGAGAAAGAGACGCAGAGAUAUCAUUACUCGUCGAACAACUCAAGCAACCCAUGGUUGUCAAGAUUUUGAGUUUGCUACAAAAAGCAAAUUCUCCUUAUUUAGAUGGUUUCAGAGAAUAUAAAGAAAGAUUGCUAGAACAAUAUAAUUUAGCUGGAGAUAACUUGAAAUUCCUCUCGACACUCAUGAGAUUCUUUACCGUGAUAGAAGACGACUCGCCGCUUCAGCAAGUGAUAGAUAUUUUGCCAGAACUGGUGGAGAGCAUCUACAUGAUGUGGGUGCUUUCAAAGGGUUAUCGCACUGACGAGACUAUGAUACCGUUGAUGGCUAGGAUCUCCUGGGCGCUUUGUGACAAACUUGAACGAUUUCUGGAUGUUCAUAAGCUGUUUGACAAAACGAAUGAAGAGGUGUUAUCACAAGCACGCGCAGGCCAAAAGAUAAUGGAGCUGUGGCACUGUUUGUACAAGGAGACGAGGCGGAAUAUCGAGCUGAGCGGAAAAGGCGCUCGCUGGGAGUUUGACCAGCCGUUGCUUUUCACUAGAACUGAUUACAUUGGGACCGUUGGCCGGGAUCUAGGCGAUGCUAUACAGGUUCUAAUAGACUUCGAGCGUGUAUUUGGCUUGGAGCUGGCGUCCAUUAUCAGCGAUCCGACACAAAUAGACGAUGUCCGGAAGCGUGUAAAAAAUCUCGUCUAUCCGAUACGAACCAUCGACUUUAGCGUGUUUGUGUUCGACAACAAGGAAAACUGGGACGUCAUCAUGAAUGACUUCUGGAAUGAGGUGCGAUAUCUUGAAGAGGAGGCCAAGAAUUACAUUAAUUCCUGUUUUAGUAAUCUGCGAAACUCUGAGGAAGCUCUUGACGUGCUACUUAAGUUCGUGGAGUAUGACCUGAGGGACUCCAUAAAGCGACAACUCGAAACGAAGUUUGAUCUUGUGAUGCGACAGUUUUUAAAAGAGCUCACAGCUGUCGAGGACAAGUUUACGCGCUUUCGUAAAAAUCCUCCACUGCUUCGAUAUCAUCCACCGAUGGCCGGCGCCAUCUAUUGGGCGAGAGCACUUUUUAAUAGGAUGAAACAGCCUAUUAUGAAGUUUCAAAAGAUCGAAAAAUUAAACGAAUGCGAACAAAAGAAGGAAGCUUUUCUUCAAUACAAAGCCUUUUCGAAGGUUAUCAAAGAUUACGAAGACACUAAGUACAACGAGUGGGUCGACGGCGCAUCAAAAUUUGUGGACGAUAUGAUGAAGAAAAACAUACUGCACGUUGUCUUCAAGAAAGAGGAAGAAGAAGCGCCAUCUACCCAACGCGGCAUGCAAUUAACUGCUGCGGGAAAGGCUCACGUGGCAAAGAAGAAAGCUUCGAUUUGGUCUCUGAAACCAGCUGACAUUGUAAACAAGGAACUUGCACAGAAGCGGCGCAGAGAUAAAGCAUUAAUGUUAAUGAGGAUACCAGGCCAACAUUAUGAAAAUGUUCGAUCCCCGAGCUCAAUAUCGUUACUCGCCAAAGAAGGAUUGACUGAUGUGACUUGGCGAGACCUGACCGUCCAUAAACUAAUGCAAGAAUAUGAGCUGGAAUUUCAACCGAACUUCGAUAAGCAAAUAUUUCUCGUUAUACACGAAGCCGAACUUAUGGAGAAACUAGGCUUUCAGCUACCAUCUAACAUUCGUGACGUGGCCAUGCAAAAAUCUCGACUUUACUAUGAAUUAGAGGCACUAGAAAUUAUUAUUUCUAAAUAUACCGCUAGCACUAAGUCACUCAGUCCAUCCGAAACUCAUUUAAUGAAGCGCCAUCUUUUGGACAUGGAGAGACAUAUCCUUCCCGGAUUGACAAGAAUUACGUGGACAGCACUCGGGAUUAAAGAUUACAUUAAGGACAUUACUAAAGGUCAAAACUCGUUACAAGCCGUGUAUCAGCAAUUGAAAAUGGUUGAAAAGGAGGUUCAAUUCCUUUUAGACCAACUGCAUCAGUUUGACUUGUUCCCGUUUGUGAAGCCAAAUAAUUAUGUUGACCCUGAUACACAAGAACCUGACGAUUCUUGGCUUUAUCCUUGUAAGACCUACUUUGUCGAAGUGGAAAACGAACGCUUGGAGAGAGUAGCGAUAUUGUCUCGCAUCUAUGACCGCAUUGGGCCGAUUCUCAUGAAACUGGAAUAUUUGAUACUUGGAUCAAGUACUGGAAGAUCGGAAGUAAUGACGGCUUAUUACACGCAUUGGGAGAAGAAGAUAUUUAAGUGUAUAGUGUCGUUGACACUUGAAAAUCUGGAUGAUUUCCAAAAGUCUCUAAGUGAUAAGGCACCCUUGUUCCAAGUGGAUGCAGUCCUUGUGCCACCCGAUAUUACCAUGAGACCUACGGCAGCCGAAGUCUACAACAUCGUCGGAUAUAAUAUUAAGCAUUUUCUUAAUAGACUAACGGCCUUUCCUCGAUGGAUGAAGAAGACCUGUCUCCCGUGUCCUCCUCAGCGGUUGGCCGAAGCGACCGGCAACGAGUUUUACGUAUUCUCAUACUUCGAAGACGUACUCCGAGUGGUUUCUAUCAAUGACAUGACGUUGCUGAUACAGGACACGGUCUACAGGCUGACUCAAGAUAUCAAUACCUAUAUUCAAAAGUGGCAAAAGUACCAACAUCUGUGGACGUUUGACAAGAACUUGUCUUGCGAAAAGUACAUACAAAAACAUGAGCAGAUUCAUAAGUACGACGAAAAAUUCUUCUUUUUCGAAGAUAUCAUCGCAGAUUUAGACAAACACGCGAAGUUCGUCGACGUUGGAGCGAUAAGAGUCAAUUUGAGGCCGAUCAUAAAACAAGUGCAGGAUCAUGCUCAAGAGUGGAAAAACAACCUCGGCCAAUGUAUUGCUACCAAAACCAGGACCAAUAUGCAUGAUCUGAAAAAUCAGAUUGAAGCUCUACGAACAACUAUAAAUAUGAACAUCAAAGGAUUGGACGAUUUCAAGCAAGUGAUGGCAGCCAUUGCUCAGGUCCAGCAGUUCACUGUCACAGCCGAGGUCAAGUACAAAGCCAUGCAAAGCAUAUUCAGUAUGCUGAGGCAACACAACAUCGAUGUAUCUGAUGAAGACUUGGAAUUUUCAAAGAAUUUGCAAGCAUCGUGGGGUACGUUAUACCAAACCUCACUUUUCCGCGGAAAUACCUUGGAACAAACGAAAGAGAAGUUUUCCAAACUCAAUGUUGUGGAAAUAUCGAAUUUCUUGAAGGAGCUCGAUGACUUUGUUGAAAAGUUCGAUAAUGAAGGCCCCGCCACUGUAGGGGACGACUUGGAUCGUGGACUAAUUUUAAUGGAGGAAUAUACUAAAUACUUUGAUGAACUAGAGUCGCGUAAAAAAUUACUUCAAGCCGCGGAACAAUUGUUCGACAAUCCGCUUGCUGACUUUUCAAAUUACAAUCGAGCAAAAUCUGAUUUCCAAGCAAUGGAACAAGUGUACAAGAUUUAUAAAGCACAGAAGAAUGCACGGGAGCUGUGGGCCAAGACGUUGUGGGUUAACCUCAAUCCCCAGGCUCUGGUCGAUGGAAUUGAACAGUUCUUCAAAGAGUAUAGAAAAUUGCCAAAGGCUGUACGUCUCACAACCACUGGUUUAAUGUUGGACUUGAAGAUGAAACAGUUUAAGGGGGUUGUACCUCUUAUGGUUUCACUUAAGAACGAGGCUAUGAGAGAACGACACUGGAAAGAGCUGAUGGCCAAGACUGGACAGACAUUCGAUAUGUCUCCGGAGCGGUUCACUUUGGAGAAUAUGUUUGCCAUGGAGCUACACAAGUAUCAGGAAGUAGCCGAAGAAAUCGUCAACCAUGCUAUCAAGGAAUUAGCAAUAGAACGUGGUGUUCGAGACGUCCAAGAAACAUGGGCCAACAUAGCUUUUACGGUGGCGCGACACUUCAACCGCGGUGAGGACCGGGGCUAUACAUUGAAUCCUUGCGACGAAAUCAGUGUUAAGCUAGACGAUGACGCCAUGUCACUGCAGAGUAUGGCUGCCUCACAGUUUAUUGGGCCCUUUUUGUCUGUUGUACAAACGUGGGAACGCCGCCUUUCCCUAAUUUCUGAAGUGAUAGAAGAGUGGAUGGCUACUCAGCGUAAAUGGCUCUAUCUGGAGGGGAUCUUUGUGGGGGGUGACAUCAGGACACAGUUGCCCGAAGAAGCCAAAAAGUUUGACGACAUUGAUAAGAAUUUCAGAAAGAUAAUGUUGGAUACGGCAAAGAGGCUGAAUGUUGUUGAUUGUUGUACAGUGCAGGGCAGAUUGGAAGAGUUCGUUAACUUAGGUUUAGGAUUACAAAAGUGCCAAAAGUCAUUGAACGAAUAUUUAGAUUCAAAGCGACGCAUUUUCCCGAGGUUUUUCUUUAUUUCUACCGACGAACUUUUGUCUAUUCUGGGAAGUAGUGAGUGUAGCUGUGUACAGGAACAUAUGAUUAAGAUGUUCGACAAUAUAAGAGCUUUAGACCUGUACGUGGAUCACACAAAUCGGCCCGUUGCCGCCAAAAUGAUUUCAGCAGAAGGGGAGAUUAUGGAUUUUCGAAAUGUGGUUUACACUGAAGGAAGAGUAGAAGAUUGGAUGAAUCUAGUUCUUAAAGAAAUGAGGAAUACCAAUAAAUUUGUUACCAAGAAAGCUGUUUUCUAUUAUGGCAAGAAUUGGAGGGUUCCAAGAACUGAUUGGAUAUUAGAAUAUUUGGGGAUGGUAUGUUUAGCUGCGAAUGGCAUUUGGUGGACGGCGGAAACCGAAGAAACUUUCCACCGGAUAAGAAAGGGAAACAAGAGGGCCAUGAAAGAACAUUUACAGCAACAGAAUGAACAAUUGGAUGGAUUGGUGGUUAAAGUGAGACAAGAUCUUACCUCAAACGACCGUCUUAAGUUCCGAACAAUUACAACGAUUGAUGUACACGCCAGAGACAUUAUCGAAGGAUUUGUUAGAGACAAUAUUACGGAAGCUGCUGAAUUCGAAUGGGAAAGUCAAUUGCGAUUUUAUUGGCUCAAGAAAGAUGACAACUUGUGGAUCAAACAGUGCACAGGUGUAUUCGAAUAUGGCUAUGAAUACAUGGGGCUUAAUGGUCGGCUGGUCAUAACCCCGCUAACAGAUCGAAUAUAUCUAACUAUCACACAGGCUCUGACAAUGCAACUUGGAGGGGCACCGGCAGGCCCGGCUGGUACUGGAAAAACAGAAACCACCAAGGACUUGGCAAAAGCUCUUGGUCUUCUAUGCGUGGUGACCAACUGUGGCGAAGGCAUGGACUUCAGGGCGGUGGGCCAGAUCCUUGCCGGUCUCUGCCAAUGCGGGGCGUGGGGUUGUUUUGACGAAUUCAACCGCAUCGACGUAUCUGUCCUGUCUGUUAUAUCCACGCAGCUUCAGUGCAUUCGAAGCGCAUUGCUGAUGAAGCUGAAACGCUUUACGUUCGAAGGACAAGAAAUUGAUAUGGACAGCAAAGUCGGUAUUUUCAUCACAAUGAACCCUGGUUACGCCGGUCGGACUGAAUUACCCGAGUCGGUUAAGGCUCUUUUUAGGCCGGUCGUGUGCAUUCUACCCGACUUGGAGAUGAUCUGCCAAAUAUCACUAUUCUCCGAUGGUUUUCUUACAGCUAAGGUUCUAGCAAAAAAGAUGACAGUACUAUACAAGGUGGCCCGUGAGCAGUUAUCAAAGCAGUCCCACUACGAUUGGGGUUUACGAGCGCUCACGGCCGUGCUAAGAAUGGCUGGCAAGUUACGCCGAGACUCGCCGGGGCUAAGUGAAAUCAUGGUUCUCAUGAGAGCGUUAAGGGACAUGAAUCAUCCGAAAUUCGUAUUUGAAGAUGUACCACUAUUUCUUGGUUUAAUCAAAGAUUUGUUCCCUGGUCUGGAGUGUCCGAGAGUUGGCUAUCCUGAUUUUAAUGCAGCUGUCACCGAGGUGCUAGAGACCGACGGCUAUGUGGUCCUUGCACAUCAGGUUGACAAAGUGGUACAAUUGUACGAAACAAUGAUGACAAGACAUUGUACGAUGCUGGUGGGUCCUACGGGUGGAGGAAAAACUGUUAUUUUACAAAGUAUUGUGAAAGCGCAAACCAAUCUGGGAUUACCCACAAAACUACAGAUUGUAAAUCCUAAGGCCUGUUCCGUGAUAGAACUGUAUGGCAUCUUGGAUCCAGUGACGAGAGAUUGGACAGACGGCCUUUACUCUAAAAUAUUCCGGGAAAUGAACAGACCGGCCGAAAAGGAUGAGCGUCGAUAUUCUUUAUUCGAUGGCGACGUGGACGCCCUCUGGAUUGAAAAUAUGAAUUCUGUGAUGGAUGACAACAAGCUUCUGACCUUGGCCAAUGGCGAAAGAAUCAGACUUGCGCCGUAUUGCGCCCUCUUGUUUGAAGUGGGAGACCUGAACUACGCUUCACCCGCCACUGUGUCUCGAGCGGGUAUGGUCUUUGUCGACCCAAAGAAUCUUGGCUAUCAGCCAUAUUGGGAGAGAUGGCUUCGAAGCAGAAAUAACGAAGAGGAGCGAGAGCAAAUGGCCGGUUUGUUCGAGCACUACGUGCCGGGCGCUAUCAACUACAUCGUAUUCGGUCUUUUCGGCUUGCAGCAGCAGACGCCGCUAAAGACCAUCGUGCCGCAGACGCCGCUCAAUUUAGUGGUGCAACUCUGCUACAUGAUCAGCGGUCUUCUGCCGAACAGAGAAGACAGUAAUGAAGAAAUAGAUAGAACAGUGGUCGAGUGUGUUUUUAUGGUUUCAAUGUACAACAGUCUUGGCGCGUCUAUUGUUGACAACGGAAGGUUUGACUUUGACAACUACGUAAAGAAGGCGUGCCCCAUGAUGCUUGUCGAAGACAGCCCGGAGAAGAAAGCCACUACAAAGCAUUUUCCAAUGGGCUUUCCUUCUCUUUACGACUACUGUCUGGAGCUGACAACAAAGUCGUGGGAGGCGUGGGAAUGGCUCGUCCCUAACUACGAACACGACAGGGACAUGAGGUUCUCUUCUAUCCUUGUGCCGACCGUCGACACGCUACGGCUUACUUGGCUUAUCAAGAUUAUGGAGAGUGUCGAACGUCCGGUCCUGCUAGUAGGAGAUACGGGCACGUCAAAGACUGCAAUAAUAACAAACUAUCUCCGCGGACUUCCACCUGACAAAUAUAUAAUCCAGCAAAUGAAUUUUUCAUCGCGAACCUCGUCAAUGGAUGUUCAACGUAAUUUAGAGUCCGUGGUCGAAAAGCGGACCAAAGACACCUUUGGACCACCCGUCGGCAAGAGGAUGCUCGUCUUCAUUGACGACAUGAAUAUGCCUAUAGUCGAUACAUACGGAACGCAGCAGCCAAUAGCCUUACUCAAACUAUUAUUUGAGAGAAAAGGCUUCUACGACCGAGGUAAAGAUUUGAACUGGAAGAACCUUAAGGAUAUCGGUUUCCUCGCUGCUAUGGGCAAAGCAGGAGGUGGAAGAAACGAUGUCGAUCCUCGAUUUAUAUCAAUGUUCUCCGUAUACAACUUACAAUUCCCAUCAGAAACGACUCUUCAGCGGAUCUACGUGUCCAUAUUACAAGGACACUUCUCUACGUUCCCGGAUGAAGUACAAGAAAUUGUCGAAAAGAUUGUCCAGAUGACGCUGGACCUCUAUAAGAUAAUUAUCGUGGACCUUCCUCCGACUCCGGCCAAGUUCCACUACAUAUUCAAUCUUCGCGACUUGUCCCGAAUCGCAGCCGGGAUGCUCCUCACUCAUCCCAACUUCUUUUGCGAGAAGCGGACCGUCGUCAGGUGCUGGCGGAACGAGUUCACUCGCGUCAUAUGUGAUCGACUCAUCAACACACACGACAACGAGUUAAUGCAAAACCAUAUACAAGAACAAAUAGCCAAGUACUUCCCGGAGGACGAGCCCGUCGUUCUCGAGGAGAUCGUGGUGCCCGAAGAGGAACCCGUACUUGAAGAAGAAGACGAGUUUGGCGACCCAAUUCCAAAACCAGAGAAAACAGCGGCUGUACCUGAAGCAGAGCUUGUAGUCGAAGAGGAGGAAGAGGUGGAAGUCGAAAAACCACUUACUCUAGAGGAGUACGUUCUCCGCGAUCCGUUGCUGUUCGGGGAUUAUCGCAAUGCAUUAGACGAAGAAGAGAUAAGAUAUUACGAAGACCUCUUAGAUUAUGAAGCUGUGUAUUUCCUCUUUCAAGAGAUACUGGAUGAGUACAACGAGCGUAUUAGUAAAAUGUCUGUCGUACUUUUCGAAGAUUGCCUUGAACACUUGACGCGCACCCACCGGAUUCUGCGCAUGGAUCGCGGAAACGCCAUGAUCAUUGGAGUCGGAGGUUCCGGCAAAAAAUCCAUUUGCAGACUUGCCGCUUUUGCUGCUGGUUGUGAAGUAUUUGAAAUCACGGUCACCCGGAAUUACAACGAAAAUACUUUCAAAGACGACAUGAAGAGAAUGUAUAAUCAAUUAGGAGUCGAUGGAAAACCUACAGUUUUUCUUUUUACAGCUGCACAAAUAUUAGAAGAGGGGUUCUUAGAGUUCAUUAACAACAUCCUCAUGAUUGGAAUGAUUCCUGCACUGUUUGGUGACGAUGAGAAGGAUGCAAUUAUCAAUGCCGUUAGAAAUGAGAGCAGUGAAGCUGGCUAUGGAGUUGCUAAAGAUGCUGUAUGGAAUUUCUUUUGCAAUAAAUGCGCUAACAAUCUGCACGUGGUCCUAUCUAUGUCACCCAGUGGUGACAUUUUAAGGAAUCGAUGUCGAAGUUUUCCCGGGCUGGUCAACAACACCACCAUAGAUUGGCAAUUCCCGUGGCCUAAGCAAGCCUUGCUGGCCGUAGCCAAUGUUUUCCUUGCCGAUGUUGAAAAAAUACCUGAAGAAUUUCGACCAAUUAUAGUAGAACAUGUGGUCCAUGUUCACAUGUCCGUCGCGCGAUACUCGGUGGAGUUCUUGUUGCGUCUGCGGAGGAAUAACUACGUCACUCCUAAACACUACAUGGACUUCCUCACCAAUUACCUCUCGCUAUUGAACGAGAAAGACGCAUUUAUUGUGGCUCAGUGCGAGCGUUUGAUCGGUGGUUUGGCAAAAAUUGAAGAAGCAAAUGUUCAGUUAGAAGAUUUAAAUGCAAAGUUGGCAGUCCAGAAAGUAAUUGUCGCUGAGCAGACAAAGGAGUGUGAAAUUUUGCUGAAGGAAAUUUCUGUGGCAACCGAAGCAGCUGUAGCUAAACAGCAAGUUGCCGAAAUAAAGAGUGCCGAAAUAACUGUACAAAGUAAGGUAAUCGUGGAAGAAAAAUCUGAAGCUGAGGAAGCGCUUUCCGCUGCAUUGCCUGCUUUAGAAGCGGCAAGACUUGCUCUGGCUGACUUAGACAAAAAUGAUAUUACUGAAAUUAGAUCCUUCGCUACACCCCCAGAAGCUGUGCAGGUUGUAUGUGAAUGUGUGGUUAUUAUAAGGGGUAUAAAAGACGUCAGCUGGAAAGGAGCUAAGGGAAUGAUGGCAGAUCCUAACUUUUUGAGAAAUUUACAAGAAAUGAACUGCGACUUGAUCACACAGAAUCAAGUCAAAGCAGUUAAGGCACAUAUGAAAAAGAGCAAGAAAUUAGAGACUAUGCAACAGAUCAGUAAGGCUGGAUAUGGUCUUCUAAAAUUCGUUAUAGCCGUCCUUGGAUACUGCGCCGUAUACAAAGAAGUUAAACCCAAGAAGGAUAAAGUAGAAUCACUAGAAAAAGAAUACACAGAGGCGUGUAACUACCUCGCUUCACUCAACCGCGAAAUUGAUAGACUUCAACGUACUUUGAACGGAUUGAACAAUCGCUAUGAUACUGCGAUGCUCAGAAGACAAGAGUUACAGGAAGAAACCGACAUUAUGAUGCGACGUUUAAUCGCCGCUGACAAGUUAAUGUCUGGCUUAUCCAGUGAGCAAAAGCGGUGGACGGAAGACUUGGCGGCGUUGUAUGUAGAACAAUCUAGAUUAAUCGGUAAUUGUUUACUCGCAGCGUCGUUUUUAAGCUACGCAGGUCCGUUUUCAUUUUCGUUUAGACAGACUAUGAUAUACGAGGAUUGGCUUGGAGACGUCAUAGAAAGAGGAAUACCACUCACUAUGCCGUUCACGGUCGAAAGAAAUUUAACUAACGAAGUGGAAAUAAGCGGAUGGAACUCUGAAGGAUUGCCUCCCGAUGAACUGUCGGUGCAGAACGGUAUACUGACUACGAGAGCCUCUCGGUUUCCUUUGUGUAUUGAUCCCCAAACUCAAGCUCUUACGUGGAUAAAAAAGAAAGAAGCUAAAAAUAACUUAAAAGUUUUAUCAUUUAAUGAUCCGCAAUUCUUACGCCACUUGGAGAUGGCUAUAAAGUACGGGAUGCCUGUGCUCUUUCAAGAUGUCAACGAGUACAUAGACCCCGUCGUGGAUAAUGUGCUCGAAAAAAAUAUUAAAGUUGAAAGCGGUCGUACAUUUGUGAUUUUGGGCAGCUCUGAAGUGGAUUACGACCCGCACUUCCGCAUGUACCUCACUACAAAACUUGCCAACCCACAGUUCAAUCCCGCCGCGUACGCCAAGGCUGUGGUCAUCAAUUACACGGUCACUGUUCAGGGACUCGAAGACCAAUUACUCAGUGUAGUGGUACGAGCGGAACGAUCCGAUCUAGAAGAGCAAAGGGAGAGUCUCAUCAUAGAAACGAGUGCUAAUAAAAGUCUUCUGUCGGGUCUAGAAGACUCACUUCUCCGAGAACUUGCUACUUCUACAGGCAACAUGCUGGAUAAUGUAGAGUUGGUCAACACAUUGGAAAAUACGAAGUCAAAAGCUGCCGAGGUAAUGGAGAAACUAGACCUAGCAGAGGCAACGACAAAAGAUAUAGAGAAACUGAGAGAUGGCUACCGGCCGGUGGCUAAGCGAGGCUCUAUUCUGUUCUUUGUUCUCUCCGAUAUGGCCGGAGUUAACACUAUGUACCAGUACUCGCUGUCAUCAUAUCUCGACGUAUUCUCCUUCUCGCUGAGAAAGGCAAUGCCGAACGUAGUUUUAAUUAGGCGUCUUAGAAAUAUUAUUGAUAUGCUGACUAAAAACGUUUAUGACUACGGAUGCACGGGAAUAUUUGAACGCCACAAAUUGUUAUUUUCAUUCCAAAUGGAUAUCAAACUGGAACAAAGCGAGGGAAAAGUGAGUCAAAUGGAACUUGACUUUUUCAUAAAAGGGAAUGUUUCACUCGAAAAGGCCGCUAGGGCAUGUCCAGCUACCUGGAUUCCUGCGCAGGGUUGGCAAGAUAUAAUAAAAUUGAGCUUAGAUUUUCCCGAAACGUUUGGUGAGCUACCUGAUCACAUUAGCAGAGACCUUGAAUCUUGGCAAGAGUGGUUUGAUAGUGACGCGCCGGAGUCUGCCGAGAUACCAAAUUCGUAUCGAGAAAACUUAAAUCCCUUUGAGAUGCUGAUGUUGCUGAGAUGUUUUCGAGUCGACCGUAUUUAUCGUGCCCUCACCGACUUCAUCACUGUCACCAUGGGCGAGGAAUAUAUCACUCCGCCGGUUAUAAGCUUAGAUGGUAUAUUCGAACAAACAACGCCCUUCACUCCGGUGGUUUUCAUUUUGAGUCCCGGCUCAGACCCCACUGCUGACCUGAUGAAGCUGGCUGACCGUUGUGGCUUUGGCGGAGGAAAGUUUAAAUAUCUCUCACUUGGACAGGGACAAGAAGGAGCUGCGCUGGCUCUCUUGGAGGGGGCUAUAUCCCAUGGUCAAUGGCUAAUUCUACAAAACUGCCAUCUCCUUGUGUCUUUCCUCCGGGAGUUGGAAAAGCAACUGGAGAUGAUGGAGAAGCCCCAUCCGGAGUACCGGCUUUGGUUGACCACGGAUCCUACGCCUACAUUCCCGAUUGGAAUUUUACAAAGGUCUUUAAAAGUGGUAACGGAACCUCCAAACGGAUUAAAACUUAAUCUUCGAAACACAUACUUCAAGAUGCGUCCGCAUGCGCUCGAGGAAUGUCCACAUCCACAAUUCAAGAAGCUGGUCUACGUACUCGCCUUUUUCCACGCUGUCGUACAGGAACGGCGGAAAUAUGAUAAAAUUGGAUGGAAUAUAUCGUAUGACUUUAGCGAAUCGGACUUUGUGGUGAGCAUGCAGAUACUGCAAUGCUAUUUAGAGCGAUGCUUUGCAGCCAGUGGGCCGAUACCCUGGGCUACGCUCAAGUACCUUUUUGGGGAAGUGAUGUACGGCGGCCGUGUGAUAGACGACUUUGAUCGUCGUGUGGUAGGAACUUACAUGGAGGAGUACAUGGGAGAAUUUCUCUUCGAUAAGUUCCAACCCUUCCACUUCUAUCGCGAUGCUCAUUAUGACUACGUGAUUCCACCAGAAGGCGAGCGAGAGGAGUAUAUCGAUUUCAUUGACACACUCCCCCUGGCCAACACACCAGAAGUGUUCGGUCUUCAUCCGAAUGCUGAGAUUGGUUACUUCAGCCAGGCCGUGCGAGAAAUGUGGGGACACCUCAUUGAAUUACAACCCCAAACGAGUGAGGGUGGUGGAACAAUGAGUCGCGAAGACUUUAUUGACAUGAUAGCGGUCGACAUUUUAAAUAAACUGCCGCCCGAGUACGAGAUAUGGCGAGUGAGGAAACAGUUCGAGAUGAGUAUCACCCCUUCGGCCGUCGUCCUCUUACAGGAACUAGAGAGAUUUAACCGUCUAAUAAGUAAAAUGCGUGGCACUCUAUCGCUCCUACGCAAAGCUUUAGCUGGAGAGAUUGGUAUGGAUGCUGUUCUGGACAACGUGUCAUACAGUCUGUUCAACGGCCAACUUCCCAACGUGUGGCGCAACCUAGCUCCUGCCACGUGUAAGGGUCUCGGCGGUUGGAUAGACCACUUUAUGUCCCGGACGAAGCAGUAUACGGACUGGGCAACAAUGGAGGAGCCUGUGGUAAUCUGGCUCUCCGGGCUGCACAUCCCCGAGUCAUAUCUGAUCGCGCAAGUGCAGAUGGCGUGUCGCCUCUACACUUGGCCACUGGAUCGCUCUACGCAGUUUACGCGUGUCACUAAGUAUAUUUCACCCGAUGACAUCGAAGAGCGACCCGUCACGGGCUGCUAUGUACGUGGUCUAUACUUAGAGGGGGCACGCUGGGAUGUGGAAGAUGGCUGCCUUCGUCGCUCUAACCCCAAAGUGUUGGUUACCGAACUGCCCAUCAUGUACAUCAUACCCAUUGAGUUCCAUAAACUUAAACUGCAGAACACUCUUCGCACACCAGUGUACACUACAUCUCAGAGGCGUAAUGCAAUGGGUGUGGGGCUAGUGUUUGAAGCUGACUUAUGGACUGCGGAGCAUUACAGCCAUUGGGUGCUUCAAGGUGUCUGUCUAAUUAUGAAUACUGACUAA